AUGCCAAACCACCCCCCACCUCCCGCAAGGGACAUCCUCGACGCAAUCGGCAACACCCCCGUCAUCCGCCUCCACCACGUGGUGCCCCCCAACAGCGCCGCGAUCUACAUCAAGCUCGAAUUCCUAAACCCGACAGGCUCAUACAAAGACCGCAUGGCGCGAUCGAUCAUCGAAGAAGCCGAGCGGCGCGGCACGUUGCGGCCGGGGAUGACCGUGGUCGAGGCGACAGGCGGGAGCACAGGCUCGUCGCUGGCAUUCAUCUGCGCGGCCAAGAAAUACCCCUUCCGGGUGGUGUCCUCCGACGCCUUUGCGCGGGAGAAGCUGCGCACGAUGGAGGCGCUGGGCGCCACGCUGGACCUGGUGCCCAGUCCCGCGGGCAUCACGCCGGACCUGAUCCCGUCGAUGGUUCGUCGCGCGAACGAGCUCGCGCGGGGCGAGGAGUUUUACCUUGCGGAUCAGUUUAACAAUAAGGAUGCGAGGGUUGGGUAUGAGGGGAUUGGGGUUGAGUUGGUGGCGCAGUUUCCGGGCGGGAUUGAUGCGUUCUGCGGCGCGGUGGGCGGCGCUGGGAUGGUGAUGGGCGUGUCUAGGGUGCUUAAGGCCAAGUGGCCGGCCACCCAUGUUGCGGUGCUGGAGCCAGCGUCGUCGCCGACGAUUACGGCGGGCCGGCCGGGGAAACAUAGUGUUGAGGGCAUCGGGAUCGGGUUCGUGCCGCCGCAUUUGGAGCGCGAGCUGUUUGACGAGGCGUGUGCGGUUGACGAGGAAGAGGCGCGCGCGAUGUGUCGGCGUCUGGCAAGGGAGGAGGGUUUGCUGGUCGGCACGUCGACGGGUCUUAAUGUUGUCGCGGCGAUUGCGUUGGCAAAGCGUCUGGGGCCGGGGAAGACGGUUGUCACGGUGGCAGUGGAUACGGGGCUCAAAUAUAUGAGCGGUAAUUUGUUCACUGACACACAUUCACGGUGA